AUGUUAAUGUGUACUCUAACCAAAGACGUCCACUACUUGUGUCCUAGCAAACCCUUCGUCAGAGAUAACACUGAGCAUCUUUGUGGCCUUAAGCCUAUCACCAGCGAAGAACGCUGUAGAUCCAAACUAACAGCAAGAGGUGGAGUCACCACCAAUCAAGUGGAAGUGGUAGGGAAUCAAUAGCUGAUUAGCACCCCAGUCACGUCCGCCACUAUGACUUAUGAACGCCAUGACUCAACCACCCAACUGAAUCUCCCCAAUCAGAAAUGUUUUGUUAAGGUACCAGAGGGGGGGCGAUUAUAGACAUAGACGACCUAGCCCUAUACCAACUUCCUGACGACAGGAUAGACACAGAUAUUGAAAUGCCAGACGCUUUUGCUAAACGUUCCCUUGAGUUACCACCAGCUAUUCAAAACAAAAUUCAGUACCAGGGACCGAUGACUGUUGAUCUUAGU